AUGACUCUGCUUUCUCUUCCUCCAGAGAUCGUUGACAAAGUAUGCGAGCUGUUGUGCAGCCACUAUCAAAUCUGGGAACACGAUGCUGAAGGAGCCAAAGCCCUUGUCAAUCUCUCCGAGACAUGUCAAGCUCUCAACGCCUUGACUCUCCCCCAUCUCUACCACCGCGUUCGACCCGACAAAGAUAUCCUCGACACUUUGACAUUUCGCAUCUAUAGCCCAGAUCAUCGUCAUGAAGUCUUCAAAUUCGCCCGCAGUCUCAGUUUGACAGAUACUUUGACGCGUAGGUACAUCGACGGUCAACGGCUGGAUGCUGGAGAACAAAGCUUCAGUUUUGAUGCCAUGCUGAAGAUGAUGCCAAAUAUUCAGCUCUUGCACCUAAGCUUCUACUUCAUACAUUAUGAGCGCAAUCUCCUCGAAUCGACAAGGCUAGAAUCACUGCGAUAUCUACACAUCGAGGGCCCUGAGCUUGACCUAGCGACGGGGGAACCUCACAACCUGCAAUAUGCCAAUUUGUUCCAACAGGCGCCCAAAAUUGAUACACUGGUCAUCAGAGUCUACGACUUGUCCUGGUCGUCAAGAUCAAUGGGACUUGGAAACGUCAAAUGCCUCAAAAUCGUCAACACCUGUGUUAACCAAAAGGAUCUCAACUUUCUUGUUGGUUCAUGCCCGCAGCUUGAGCAAUUUGUAUUCAUCGUCCGUGGAAAGACUUUAACUAGGCGGGAAAUGGAUCGUGGUUACGUGACACUCCAGACACUCCCGCAAGUCCUUUCUCUACAUCAGGGUACACUACGCUACCUCGAAGUUUACUGCAGAUACCGGGGGCCGCCUUAUGGUGUUGCGCUUGCUGCUCGAAACACCAUCGUGAGCUCGCUCAAGGACUUGAUCAAACUUGAAACAUUUAUCUUAGGCGGUCAAUACUUCCCUUUCAAGGUGGGUGAGGAGAGAAAACCACCCAAAUAUUGUCUUGUCGAUCUGCUUCCACCAUCAAUCCACAGCGUCACUAUCGAAUCAAAAGACCAAAACCUUUACGAGCCUAUGUGCGCCCUGGCAGAGGCUGUAAGAAGUGGUUCUUUUACGAAGCUGAAGGAGGUCCGACAGUAUAAUUUCGACAUGAAAAGGGCUUUUCGGCUUGCACGAUAUGAGGCGUUAGACAAUGAUACGUUUCGAGAGUCGGAGGAGCUUGGGCGGCGAAACAACUUCGAUGAGGAAAAGAUCUUCUUUCAUGACAUGCUAUUGGAGCUGAGCAGAGGAUGCAAUGUGUCGUUUUGUGUCCACGAGGAGAAACUCUUUGAGUUUGUGGAUAGUGGUAGAGAUGGGGUGCCUGGCUCAAUUUUACUAUUUGCUUCCUUGUGUCCUAUUGUGCUACCUCAGGGCAGUGCAGCCUACCCACCAACUCUUUUCACUUUUUUCUUUUUCCCUCAUGCACCUCGCAUCCAACUCAUCAUGAUCAAACCUGCUCUCGAUCACAUGCCUCCAGAGAUUCUGGCCGACAUAUGUUGGCCAUCUGCUGAGGACACCACCGGCCUUCUUAGCCUUGCUCGCACUUGUCGGGUCCUGAACAAGGCUGCGACGCCAUAUAUCUACCACAAUAUCGGCGCAAGAGGAUGGCCAGAGGAGAAGAUCAAUGAAUUCCCUAGGAAUCGCCGCCGGCUGCAGGAGAGAUCUUUCGUCCGACGUCUCACGUAUGAGGUCGACCCGUUCCCCUUGUACACUCUACUAUGCAGGAUGCCUGGUCUCCAGCUACUCUCCUUGGUAGACCGUGGUAACUCCUUCGGUCAGACACUCGCAAGCAAAGCCCAGAAAAAGCUGCAUGAUCUGCGAUAUCUGCACCUCAAAAACACACAUAUCAAGGCCGUCCGUGACCUAAGCACACUGGAGAACUUGUUCGAAAUGGCACUAAACAUCAAGACACUUAGGACCCUCCUACGAUGCCGCUCGCAAACCUCACUUGUCUGA